AUGGCUCCAGGUGCAGUAGGAAAGAGGAAGCGAGGAGACAGGUCGUGGUCGGGCGAUGCUGCGAAUGACGGACAAAGACCCUCUCCUCAUCGACCAGCGAAUCUCAACAUGGCCCAACAUCAACCUCGCGAUUACCAAGAAUCACGUGGAAGAGCAUUGCGGAGACAGUCGAAUAGAGGCGGCCGAAAUGGACCCGGUCGGAGGCCCAGCGAUUCUCAGAAUGCGGGAGGCAACCAGCGAGACACGGCGGUGUCUUCACCAUCCAACAACGCAACACCGGCUAGGGAGACACCCGAACAGACGCAGACAAAUGGGGCAUCACCAGCGAUAAGUCGACAGCCUUCGCCGCCUUCUGUUUCCUCGCAACAGGCAUUGCGACAGCAGCAGCAACAGACUAUGCCGCCUCCUACGCAAAUUCCUCGCUCCCCGCCAGCGCCCCCGGCGCCUUACAAGUACGAGUUUGUCACGGAUAGCGUCAUCGCCGAUUGGACAUCUUCGGGAAAGCAGAAGAUUGUGACGGAUGGAGCCUCUGCACUGUCACAGGGGGACAUUCCGGAAUUGGCCUCUUUAUACCAAGAGCUUCUGUAUUCUGGUCUUUACGGCCGGCUACUCCCAGAGGAAGCAGGAUCAGCUGUGAAGGGUAUAAUAGGUCAAGAUAUUGCAUCCGAUGAUGUGAACAUGGAUGGUGAUGGAGCGGUCUCGAGCCCUGUUCUCGAUGGUCGCUCGCUUUUCCUCGAUACCCUGUCUAUUAUUACAGAUGCAGACACAUCGAACAGUGCCCUGAAGCCACUUGUCUUCUCGACUGGGAUCCCUCCAGCCCUCAUGCGUCUCCAGCUUGAUACACCUCUUCUCCAGUCGUUAGGACUCGUCCGUGAAACCUUCAACCGCAUGGGUAUCCGCAAGCAGACCAACCUUCUCUACCGACAGUCGAACUAUAACCUUCUACGGGAGGAGUCCGAAGGUUAUUCCAAAUUACUCACAGAGCUCUUUACUACCAGCAAUAAUGAACCACCGUCUAGCGAAGUCGUUGAAGAUACAUUCGAACGGGUCAAGGCCAUGAUUGGUGCUUUCGACAUGGACGUUGGCCGUGUCUUGGAUGUCACCCUCGAUGUUUUCGCGGCUGUUUUAGUGAAGCAAUACCGUUUCUUUGUGAAACUCUUACGGGCAAGCUCCUGGUGGCCUAAGGAUGAUAUUUUCCGCAGUAUCGAGGGAGGCAUACGCGACUCUGGGCUUCCUAACUGGGCUUUGCCGGGGUCACCUGGCUGGGCGACCACGGAUGAAGAACGUGCGGAAAAUAUGCGAGCGAACGAACAUCGCGACCGGAUAUUCUGGGACCGUGUGAAGGAAAUUGGAAUUCGCGGCUUCUUUGAGAUUGGCCGAAAACCACUGUCUGAGCAAGAGCGCCGAAAAAUACUAACAGAAACCAGUGAUGGACUUUCAGAGGAGGAGACUGAGACCCGAAAGUGGAUCGAGGAAACGGACACUCUGCCUCCAAAAGGCAACCGUGUCGCUGCCCAGCUGCUUGGGUUUAAACUUCGGUUCUACUCCUCCAGCGCUCGUAACAAGUCGGACGUUCUCCCAGAUAAUCUUAUAUACCUGGCUGCGCUGUUAAUAAAGGUGGGGUUUGUCUCUCUGCGAGAUCUAUACCCUCAUCUCUGGCGGCCAGAUGAUUCCAUGGACGCCUUGAAAGAGGAAAAGAUGAAAGAGAAGGCAGAAAGGGAGCGAGCCGCGCGGCCAGGUGGAGGCAUGAAUGCCUUAAUGAUGGCUGGUGCUUUGUCUGAUGAUACCAUCCCUGCUCCCCGUACUCGAGACUCGGAGGCGCGUUCUUCGACUCCUGCUACGAAAGAAGGAGAAAAGGAACCUGCGAAGCCAGAGGAGAAGGACAAUCUACCAGAACCUUCAGAUCAAAAGGUACUACUACUCAAGAGUCUGCUUGCAAUUGGCGCUCUGCCUGAAUCCCUCUUUAUCUUGAGCAAGUUUCCUUGGCUCAUGGAUGCCUAUCCUGAGUUGCCCGAGUUCAUUCACCGCAUCCUCCACCAAAUGUUGAGCAAAAUCUAUGCUCCGCUGCGACCCUUGCCGUCCGCGGACCAGCUUAGGGAACAGAAGCAAAUCGUCAGUCAAGAGCAGUCAUCAGUGGUAAAGGGACAGAUACGGCUUACUCAGGCCCUUCCGAGGAGAGUGUUACGGUGGGCACAACUCGACAAAGAAGAUACAAAUGAUGGAACGGACUACCGCUUUUAUUGGGACGAUUGGGCGGAUAACAUCCCUCUUUGUCAGACCGUCGACGAUGUAUUUGUUCUCUGCUCGACCUUCCUCAACCUUUCUGGGCACAAAAUCGGCCAGGAUCCAAGUCUGCUAACCAAACUUGCGAGAAUUGGGAAAGAUAGCUUAAGCAAGGAUGACUCGAAAGAGAACAGGAUGCGCUGGCAGGAUCUCUGCAAGCGUCUCCUGCUUCCAGCCGUCAGCUUGACCAGGGCAAACCCUGGCGUGAUCAACGAGAUUUUCCAGCUCGUAAGCUCCUUUCCCAGGGAUGUCCGAUAUAACAUGUAUGCAGAGUGGCAUUCUGGUCAAACAUCAAGACUCCCUGACAUAGCGGCUGCUUUCAAUCAGGCCAAAGCGGAGACCAAGGAUGUCCUCAAGAGGUUGAGCAAGACAAAUAUCAGGCCUAUGGCCCGUGCGUUGGCGAAAAUCGCGUAUGCCAAUCCAGGGAUUGUGAUUAUCACUGCCAUAAACCAAAUUGAAUCCUAUGAGAACCUUAUCGAAGUCGUGGUGGAGUGCGCCCGCUAUUUCACUUACCUUGGAUAUGAUAUUCUCACUUGGGCCCUGGUAAAUUCUCUCGGCCAGAAAGGACGGAGUCGCGUCCAGGAGGGAGGAUUAUUGACCAGCCGCUGGCUGAAUGCCCUGGCCACCUUUGCAGGUCGGGUUUUCAAGCGGUACUCGGUAAUGGAUCCAACCCCUGUAUUGCAAUACGUGGCAGAACAACUGCGACAUAACAAUUCGACCGAUCUCAUCGUUCUUGAGCAAAUGAUCAGCUCCAUGGCAGGCAUCAUUUCGGACACCAAUUUCAAUGACUCGCAGAUUCAAGCAAUGGGCGGCGGUGAAAUUCUCCAGGCUCAAAUCAUCUUGCAACUGUUGGAUAAACGGCACGAAUCGAAGACAACAUCUAAACGGCUCAUAAGGUCCCUAAGCGCCUCCAAACUUGCUGGUCGGCUACUCAUUUCUAUUGCUCAAGAGCGGUUGACGUGCGUUUUCAGGGAAUCGGAUGAGGGCUCUGAGCUCAAACUAAUGGGCAAUGUCUUCGACGAGAUACACCGUGUCUUGACACAGUAUUUGAGCUUGCUUCGUAGUAACUUGUCGGUUGACGAAUUUGAUUCGUUCGUCCCUGACCUGGCUUCUCUCGUCGGUGAGUACGGCAUCCAGCCCGAAGUUGCUUUCUGGAUUCGUCGGCCAAGUGUCUCUCGGAGGCUUGCAGACGCUGAACGAGAAAUACAAGAGGAGGAGACGUCGGUUAAAAUUCGCGAAGGUGUAGCGGUAUCCGGCUCCAAGCCCGGUAAAAAUGAAAUGGAUACUACAGAUGAUGGAGAGGCGACUGCCAAGGACGAGGGUUCAAUUGCGGGAAGCGGUAUGGAUCUCGAUAAAAUUCAGCAAGAGAAUAGGGACGAUUCGCAGUCUGAAUUAAACAGCCAAGCCAACACUGAACCGCGCCCUGCCUCUUCAGCCGGUACUAUAAACCACGAGGCCUCUGCUUUGAACCCAGUGUUUCAAGAACUUAUUGAUCAAGUCAAGUCCACUUUCCCGCAAGAUGCUUGGGGCGUUACAGGUCUAAACUUCUAUGUCACGUUCUGGCAACUAUCACUCUACGAUGUGCACGUUCCCGGAAAAGCUUACGAAGAUGAGGUUGAUCGUCUGAAGAGAAAGAUCGUUGCUAUUCAGAAUGACCGGUCAGAUAUCAGCAUGGCUGGAACCCAGAGAAAAGAGAGGGAGAAGAAGCAAAUCGCACAACUUCAAGACCGGCUUCUAGAGGAAAACAAAAGCCAUCUGGGCUUCUACACUCGGACCAGGGCAAGGCUACAGAAGGAAAAAGACGGAUGGUUUGCUGGUAUGCGAGGGAAACAUGACGCUCUUAAUGUUGCAUUACUGGAGCAGUGUUUCCUCCCUCGUGUACUCUUGUCCCCUAUCGACGCAUUCUACUGUUUCAAGAUGCUCAAAUUUCUCCACAGCUCAGGCACUCCAAACUUUCGGACUAUUGGGCUACUGGAUCAGCUCUUUCGGGACCAAAGACUUACAGCUCUCAUCUUCCUGUGUACUUCCAAGGAAGCCGACAAUCUGGGGCGUUUCUUGAACGAGAUCCUGCGCGAUCUCAGUCGGUGGCAUGCUGAUAAGGGAGUCUACGAAAAGGAAGCAUUUGGCGUCAAUAAAACCUUCCCUGGAUUUGCGAAAACUGUGGAUCCUGAAGGCAAACCAACUAGCUUUUUGGACUACGAAGACUUCCGUCGAUUGCUGUAUAAAUGGCACCGUUUGCUUGCGCAAUCUUUGAAGACCUGCUUGAAUGGCGGCGAAUAUAUGCAUAUCCGCAAUGCUAUCAGUGUCCUGAAAGCAAUCGUGAAAUCCUUCCCCGCUGUGAACUGGAUUGGUCGCGACAUGUUGAAGAGCGUCACCGAUCUGAGCAAAAACGAUGAGCGAGACGAUGUUAAGAUCUCUGCGGCGUCCUUGAUUGGUGACCUCAACCGGAGAGAGAAAAAAUGGAUGCUUCCCCAAGCCUUUAUGACUUCGCCUAUUCCACCUCCGUCUGCAAAGGCCCAAGGUGAGGCUACUCCCCCGACUUCGAAGGAACAACCACCUGCCGACAAAGGAACUGUUCCCGCUGGAAAGUCUAUUGGCUAUUCUCAGCAUACAACAACGCCACUUAAUGCUGCCGCUACUGAGUUCAAGCCUUCCCCAUCUAAUGUAGACGGUUUCUCCACCCGCGAAACAACUACAAGGCUGGAAGUCGAGGAUGGGGAAAUCGAGGAUGCGAAGAUGGCAGACGUGACGACGACGGUCACGGAGAAGACUGGUCCUUUACCCCAGAAGCAACCGGCGCAGCGUGUUGAUACGACUCCUUCAGCGGAUUCAAUGGCACAGCCUCCUGUGGAAGCUGGUAUAGCUGCUGCAACUCAGCUUACUGACAAACAAGAGCAAAUUGAUGCUGAAAGGCGACCCGUCACAACUUCUGAAACCGGGACUGAAGUCAAACCUGCUUCCCAGGCUCGUGUUUCGCCUCCGCCAGUGGAGCCUCGUACCAGUCCUAAACCGUCCGAACCCAGUAAACAUGCGACCAUUCCGAAGCGCCCACCCUAUGACAGAGCUGUCAGCAUUCCCAAUAGACCUCGGCAUGGCGACGCAAGGUUGCCAAUGCGACCGGAUCUUUUGGAGGAUCGACGCGAUAGACACUCCGACUACCCUCGUACUGGUCGGUAUGGUGAUCAUGACCAUGAACGGCCGUUUGAUCCAUUGCCCCGUCGGGAUAGGCUCGAGCCGCCCAGAGGCGAUAGGGACUUCCCUUCCAGGCCAGACGAACCGUUCCGCGGUCCUGGUUACCGGGACGGGCGAUCUCUAAGAGAUCCAGAUUGGCCAGACAGGUCAGGACGUUUGCGUUCUCAAUCAGAUGCUUUUCAUGCGCGGUCAGAGUCCGAUCGUGCACCCCGAGAAGGCCCAAUGCCACCACGUUCAAUUCCCCAGACUCGUGCUGAUCGUGCAGAUACGCGAGAACACACAGACCGGCGCGGGGAGCCAAGGACGGAAGCUAGAGCUCUUCAAUCUGGCGGUGUAUCGCCGACGAGAACAGAACCAAGAGCUCAUCCAUCCAGGGGCCCAUCGCCAAUACGGCCAGACUUCUCUAACCGUCCAGAUCGCUUUGCGCCUGAUGACCGUAGGUCAGCAAGCUUUUCCAGAUAUGACGACUUCCCAACAGGUCCUCGCAGUGAGCGCUCAGCGCGAGGCCCUAUCGAUGGCCCAGAGCUGAGGGAAACUCUGCCGGGACCCGACAUGACCCAUGGGCGAUUGCGCGCGUUAGAGCCUCCCGAUAUUCCUUCUGGUCCGAGGAGUCGAAAUCCCGCUGGGCGAGGUGAAAGGGUUAGCUCUAAUUUCCAACCUCCUCCACCGGCAGCUUCAGGAAAUGCACCUGCGGUGGGAUCAGACCGUCAACCUCCAACCGGUCCCUCUGGUCGACAGGGUAUGCGCAAUGCUCCUAGACAGCCUUCUCCUCCUGCCCUGACUUCGCCGACGGCAGAGAGGCUCGAUACCAGCGGCAUUCAUCCCGAUCGACUUAAGGUCAUGCAACAACAGCCUCCUAGCGAUGCCCCUGCCUAUGGGGGUAUGCGUGGAACUCCCGGAGGUAUUGUUCCCCCUUCGGGACCUCGUGGUUCAGGGCCUGGUCCGUCCCCGAUCAGGGGGCCCUCCUCGGGCCCGGGAUUUGGGAAUGAUCGAGGUGGGCGCAGCGAUAAACGGUUUGCCGGGAUCAACAGUAUGCUUCAACAAUCAAGUGGGCCUCUAGAACGUGGUACUUCGAUCCGUGGAAGAGCCGCAGGCCGACAGUCAGGUGCUGUAAGUGCGCCUUCACCGCAGUCUACUCAACCGCAAACUCCCUCGGGAGACGAUGCUAGUCGCUCUCCUGCCUCUGGGCCCGCACCCGGUCGGCCAGAGCUCUUACCUGGUAGGUCUUCGGGACCUGAAGACGAUGGUCACGGUGGUAGGAAUCGUCUUGGUAGCGGAAGAGUUGAUUUAUUAGACCAGCCUGGCUCUGAGCAAAGAAGAUCUGCACGUCAUUCUACAGGGGGGAGCUACAGAGAUGAUCGAGACCGGGAUAGAGACCGUGAUCGUGAUAGAGAUCGGGAGCGUGAUCGCCGUGCUGGGGACAAAGAGGACACUCGAAGUGGCAAUCGCCGAGAGGACCACAGGGAGCGCACUGAUUUCGAUCGCGAACGCAGUCGAAGAACCGAGCCUAAUGCCCCUGUCGGUGCGCCACGCGAUGAGCGUCAUGACUCUCGAGACUCUUCCUCACGUCGGGGAACCGCUUCCCGCGACGAAGUUAGGAGACGCGACCGUCGAGACCGCGAUGAGGCUUCCGAUGCUGGACAAAGUGGCCAUGAUAGUGCAGGUCGUCUCCGCCCACCUCCUUCCCUUACCGGUGGCCAAAGCACUCUUCCUCCACCGCCGCCUCCGAUGGUGGGUGGCCGGCGCGGGGAUAACCGUGACAGGGACCGGGACAGAGAUCGAGAUCGCGACCGUGAUCGAGAUAGGGACCGUGAUCGCAAUCGUGACCGUGAUCGCAAUCGUGACCGUGAUCGUGACAGGGAAAGGGAAAGGGAACGAGAUCGUCCUCGAGAUAAUAGGGAAUAUAACCGUGAGGGUGGCGCUAAUGGUACAAAUGCCCAUCGGAAACGUGGGCGAGGUGGUGAUGAUGGCAGCCAUGCCGAAGGAGGACGAGGAGGCACGAGAAUGGGAGGCGAAAGUAAACGGGCACGACGAGGAGCUUGAAAUUCCCAUGGGGAUAUUGAUCGAUAGUUGGAAGCAGGAUUAUAUGUCUUGAAAACUGCGAGGGGUUAUUGACGGAGAUAGUUACUAUGGGAAACGCAGAGAAAGGGGAAAUGGGGGUUGAAAUUCUAUCAUCUUGAUCAUCGUUGUUUGCAUAUAUCUCAGAUGCAUUGCUUUGGACCUGUCAAUGCAUGGUCUUUUUCGGUUUAUUCGAUUCCACUUUUCUUAUUCGAUUCGACACUUUCACGACAGAAGAUUUCUUUUUUAUUCUUGUAUCCUACGAAGAACAGUUUCCCCCUGGUCGAAGCUUGCACCAGUUCCUGGGGUUUGUGUACUGUAUAUCCGGCGAAGGCAUUGUUUUGAAGACACUUUUUUCCCCCUACGAACUGCUGAAAUGCAGACGCAUUGCAAAGGAGUAACAUAUUCGGCAUAGACACUGGAGGAAUACCCCCAUGAUAAAUGAUAUGAUUUUUAUCUUCUGCAUCUCCACCUGUGUAUAAUCAAUCCAUGCAUUCUGUUUGAUCUCCAUAUUUGGCUGAGGUGAAUUGGUGAGUUGGGGGGAAUAACCUAACCCUAACAAGCAGAUGCUCGAGAAGUUACUAUCAACGCCAUUAAUUACUCAAUGUCUAUAUUCCUAGUUAUAAAAGAGUUAGUAAAAGAGCAGGAG